AUGGCGAGAAUCGCAGCUGCGGCGUUGGCCGCCGCGCUGCUGGCGGCCGUCCUUGUGGCACCCACCGUGUCCGGACGGGAGGUCGGCUGUGAAGGAGUGGCCGUUCGAGGCCGUCAUCUGCUCCUCCUGGAUAUCGCGCGGGCGGCGCUUGGGAGAGGGCCCCCUCCGCCGCCGUCACUUCCCGCGGUCACAGGACCACCACAGCCCAACGAGGAUGAUCUCGUUCCCCUGAUCGAGCCCGAGGCCCCGGCUCCCAAGACGGCGGCACGACAGAGGAUCGACAGGGUUCUGGACGGCGUCAUUACAGUCAUUGGGCCCUUUGGCGACUUCCUUGGGGUAAGCCGUAAGCUUCCUGCGCAAGCGGAUGCAGGCUUGCCCUCUGGAGCUCAAACAGAGGAGGAAUAG